GUGAACCAAUGAUGAAAGAUUACAACAGAGAAACUUCUUCACCUGAAGAAACCAUUAUCUUCUUUAGAAAGAUGGAGGCUUCAGCUAAGGGGAGGUGGACACCAGACAACGGCCCCUCUUCCCCAUCAUCUUCAGGGAUGCAGAGGUCCAGUUGCUCCAGUCUGAAGAUGUUCCUGGCGGCCCUGUCCUUUGCCUACUUCUCUAAGGCCUUGUCUGGGAGUUACAUGAAAAGCACGAUAACCCAGCUGGAGAGGAGAUUUGAUAUCCCAAGUUAUUUGAUAGGUGUUAUCGACGGGAGCUUUGAAAUAGGUAACCUGUUGGUGAUAGCCUUUGUGAGUUAUUUUGGUGCCAAGCUUCACCGACCCAAGAUCAUCGCGAUCGGAUGUGUCCUGAUGUCGUUUGGGACGUUCCUCAUCGCCAUGCCUCAUUUUAUUUUAGGACGCUAUAAGUUCCAAUCGUCAAUUAGAGCAUCCAUGAAUUCAACUACUAACUUCAGUCCAUGUCCGGCAAGCUCAACUGAGUCCACACAGGCAGGUGACAGGGCCUCUAUACUGCCGUCUGUAGGCUGUGAGCAAGAGUCCAGUGUGUCUAUGUGGAUCUAUGUGUUCCUGGGUAAUGUGUUAAGGGGGAUAGGAGAGACUCCUGUACAGCCGCUGGGAAUCUCCUAUAUAGACGACUAUGCCAGGUCCGAGAAUGCAGCCCUUUACAUUGGCUGUGUCCAGACCAUAUCAAUCAUAGGUCCUGUCUUUGGCUACUUACUAGGAUCCUUGUGUGCCAAGAUAUACGUUGACAUAGGAUACGUGGACAUGGAGACUAUCACCAUCACCCCAGGCGAUGCCCGCUGGGUCGGGGCGUGGUGGCUGGGGUACCUCAUAGCCGGGGCUAUCACCCUCAUGUCUGCCGUACCCUUCUGGUUCCUGCCCAAGUCACUGCCCAUGCCUGUGGAUAAGCACGAUGCCAACUGCACCCCAGAACAGACCCGGUUCAUCAAGGACUCUCCCUCAGCCAUGGAACAUAAGUUUAGACCAGAGGAACCGGCCAACUUCCAUCAAAUGGCUAAAGAAUUUGUUCCAACAUUGAAGAGCCUACUGGGAAGUCCAGUGUAUAUAAUCUACCUGUGCGUGACCAUUAUUCAAUUCAACUCUCUCAUCGGCAUGGUAACCUACAAGCCCAAAUACAUUGAGCAACAUUACGGACAGUCGGCAUCAAAAGCAAACUUCCUAAUGGGCAUGAUCAACAUCCCUGCAGUGGCUCUGGGGAUGUUCUCAGGGGGUGUGGUCAUGAAGAAGUUCAAGCUGGGCAUCAUGGGAGCUGCUAAGUUCGCAUUCGGGACCUCCCUCCUGGGUUACUUCCUGUCCCUCUUCUUCUUCGCCAUGGGCUGUGACAACGCCAAGGUGGCCGGGAUAACCAUGUCAUACACAGGGGUGGAGGGGUUGUCGUACCAGGAGCCAUCUCUGUUCUCUGAGUGUAACUCUGGCUGCCUGUGCUCCGGGAGGGACUGGGACCCUGUCUGUGGAGAGAACGGGAUCACGUAUGUGUCCCCCUGUUUGGCUGGCUGUACAUCCUCUACCGGAGCUGGCAAAAACACGGUGUUUGGCCAGUGCAGGUGUGUGGCAUUGACAGGGGCAGGUUCUCAGCCCAGUAACCUGACUGCCUCCCUGGGUCACUGUCCAAUCAGAGACAGCUGUGACAGAAUGUUCCCCUACUUCCUCUUUCUGUCUGUCAUCACUUCCUUCAUCAUCUCUUUGGGGGGAACGCCAGGCUUCGUACUUCUCAUCAGGUGCAUUAAGCCUGAAUUAAAAUCAAUUGCUCUUGGAAUCCACACGUUGGCCACCCGGACCCUUGCUGGCAUCCCUGCACCUAUCUACUUCGGAGCCAUCAUAGACACCACCUGUUUAAAGUGGGGAAACACAAAAUGCGGAGGAAGAGGAGCGUGCAGAAUCUACAACACGACAGCCUACAGGAUAGUAUACCUGGGUCUGACUCUGGGCCUGAGGACUGUCUCUUUCUUCCUGUGUAUACUGGGCUUCGCUCUACUCAGGAGGCACGUCAAGCAGGAAGAGAAAAUGUCACUGACCAAUGGGAAUGUAGAGAUGGAGGCCGAGUCUCUCAGGAAAGAGGAGAUCAACAACUCUACACACUGUGACCAGUUUGUAAGGGCGCUGGACUGUAACCCUGACAGGGAGACACGCCUUUGAUGGUCGUCAAUAGCUCAGCAUUGCUCGACUCCAAGAUGGAAUGAAACAGGUGCCGGUGUAGCAACCUUUGCCUAAAUAAGCUAGUUGUGAUCCCCCCAAGUGGGUUAACCCUAUUGGAGUAGACUGUGUUUAGCAAGUUUGCCAACAGUCUGAGAGGCCCAUGUUUGCACUGUCGACCAUUCACUACAACGGUAAUCAUUUUAACAGUACUAGUGUUAAUUAAUUUAGAGUGAAUAUUCAGAAAAUAGUUUGUGAGAGGUGUCAGUACCCGGUACUCACGUUUGUGGCUCUGGUACUCCAUACCGGUGUGUACUGGUCCACUGACCGAAUGCAUGCCCUGACAUCUCCUUUUUAAGUAUUUUUCCACCCUGAAGACAAGCGAUUUAGCUAGGAGAGAAGAGCAUAAAGUCUAUUUGUACUGUACUCCUGUAGACAAUGUGAAAAUAUAUAGUUGUUUUUGUUUAUACAGUACCUAGUGAAAGUAUACACACACCUUGCACAGUAUUCACAUUUUGCUGUCUUAAAUUUGUUACCUAAAAAGGGAUUCAAUUAUGUUUUCCCUUCACAUCUACACAACCUACUCUACAUUAUCAAAGUGAA